ACGAUCAAUGGAAAGAGCCAAAGAUGUCGGCUCGGUCAUGUGAUCAGCUGUGUCCAAUCACAGCUGAUCACAUCGCCACCUGUCAGUGUCCAUCAGUGCCAGCUCUCAGUGCUCAUACAUGCCACCUGCCAUUGCCACAUCAAUGCCACAUAUCAGUGCCUACCAGUGCACAUCAAUGCCACAUAUCAGUGCCUACCAGUGCACAUCAAUGCCACAUAUCAGUGCCUACCAGUGCACAUCAAUGCUACAUAUCAGUGCCUACCAGUGCACAUUAAUGCCACAUAUCAGUGCCCAACUGAGCUGCCUUUCAGUGUCACCCAUCAGUGCUGCCAAUCAGUGCCGCCUAUCAGUGCCAAUCAGUGCCACCUAUCAGUGCUGCCAAUCAGUGCCGCCUAUCAAUGUGCAUCAGUGCUGCCUAUCAGUGCCGUCUAUCAAUGCUGCCUUUCAGUGUCCAUCAGUGAUACCUGCCAAUGCCCAUCAGUGCCACCUACCAGUGCCCAUCAGUGCCACCUAUCAGUGCCAGUCAGUGCCGCCUAUCAGUGCCAGUCAGUGCCGCAUAUCAGUGCUGCCAAUUAGUGCCGCCUAUCAGUGCUGCCAAUCAGUGA